AUGGCGUCGGAACACACUGUGACUAAGGUUCUACUGGAAUGGAUCAACAGCUUCUCCCUGGGCAAAACCCUCCGUGCCACCGAUGAGUUGACCGAUGGAAUCAUCAUCUGGGAAAUUCUUCAGGAUAUUGACCCCCAAUAUUUUCUCGAAGAAAUCCCAGAGCGCAACUCAUCGGACCAUUGGGUGGCCAAGUGGCAGAACCUGAAGCACAUCCACAAACUAUUGCUCACUUACAUUCGGCACCAGAAUGACGAUGCCCUGCCCUCCGGUCUCGAUCCGUCUCCCGAUCUCGAAACUAUCGCGGAAAAGGGCUCCGCUAAGGAGACAAAUAAGCUGUUGAAGCUUCUCCUGAUCGCGGCCAUCAGCUCCCCCAACGCUGGAACAUACGUGCAAACGCUACAGGAAUUGAGCACCUCGACGCAGGAGGGGCUCAAAGAUAUUAUCGAGGAAGCGCACAAUGGACAAUACGAACCGAUGGACGCUGCGGACGAGCUGAGGGAGGAUUUGGCCAAACGCGAUCGCCCCGUGGACUUGGAACUGCAGUUUGAGGAACGGGUUGGCAAGGUUCUGGCUGAAAAUGAUCGCCUCACACACGAGAAGAAGGAGUUGGAGAAAGCGUUGGAGGAUUUGCACAAUCGUCUGGCGCGGCUUCAGGAGAACAACGACACUCUGCAGAACCGCCUUGCCUCCACCGAAGACCGCCUGGUUACAUUGAAGUCUGGAAAGGGCGAUAUCGGGUUCAACGCAAAGGCAUUGGAGAGCAAGACGCGUCAACAGGACGAUUUAAUUGCCUCCCAAGAGGCCAAGCUGAAUGUAGCCCAGGACGAAAUCGACAGCCUCCGCAUGACUGUUGAGUCCCUGCGGGUCAAGAAUCAGCGCUAUCAGAAGCUGCAGGAUGACUACGAUGAGCUUCGCACUGAGAAGGAUCAUCUUGCGCGCAAGGCCAAUGCGGCCGAGAAAUACCGCCAGAAGCUUCAGGCCAGUCAAGACUUUGAGAAAGAGAACCAGACACUCAAGAACCAAAUCAAAGAUCUUCAGCAACAGCUGAAAGAGUCGGACUCGCAACAGCGGUGGUCCGCAGAGCGGGAUGUGGAACUGGAGGAAUACCGCAAGCUUCUGCCGCAAGUUGAGCAGGAAUGCAACGAGAUCCAGAACUUGAAGAAACAGCUCGAAUUCAACAACCAUGCUCUGACAGAGCGACUGGAAAGUGCGGAUGAACAGCACGAGAGAGACGAUGCUCUGAUCAGCGAGCUACGUGAACGCUUAGGCGAAAUGGAUGGCUUGCCAGGCACUUCUUCUCCUGGCUCUGAGACACCGAAGAUGCAAGGGACUUUGCAUAAGGACUUUGAGGCAAUUGGUGUCAAAGAGUCCCAACUUAAAUCCGACCAUGAUGACUUGAAGCGGGAAAUGGAAUCGCUCAAACCAUCUUCAGCACCGGGCUCUCACACCGGAGAGUUUUCUGAAAACUUUGCUGCAUCUGUGCAGCUAGCACGCUCCGGAUCCUCCCAAAGGUUUGAUUGUCUGUUUACUGACAUGCUCUACAGUGAGGACUACUGGAAAUUAUACGAGAACUAUACCAAUGCACUUAAAAAGAUCGCAGAAGUCCAGGACACACUGGAAACAACCAAGAAGGAUCUUUCCGAUACACAGGCUGAACUCAGGCUUGUGAAUAUGGAACAGGUCGAGAUGCUCAGAGGACUCGAAGAGCAUAACUCAACCGAACUCACGAAAAUUCGGGGUGACUGGGAGAAUCUCACACAGAACGUCCACCACCUAGAGGCCGAAGUGGAUGCCAGCCAGACACUGGUGCGCGAAGUCUGCGCGGAACGGGAGGAGCUGCGCAAGAUGCUUGACAACAAGCAAAGCGAGAUCAGCUCCGAAGACCAGGAAGUGAUGAAAGAGAUGCAAAUGCUUCUGGGCGAGUUUGAAAUCCACAAUGGCGAGGGCGGCGAAUUGCCCCAAAAAUCAAGCUUUGAGCUCCUCAAACAAUGUGCAGGCGUUCUGGAAAAGAAUGUUGAACGACUCGCCCAGCGUGCAGAGUAUAUCCAGCAACAAAACGAAUUGGUCAAAUCACUUCGUGAGCGUAUGAAGAAUUACGAAGAAAAUCUGGACAAUGGCAUUCCCAAGGAGCGAGAGCUCGAACUUCAGAACAUUAUUGACAACCAGGCUCGAGAACUCAGUCUCGUGGGCUCAGCAUGGUAUCACCUUCAGAGCCGAUGGCAGAAUAACAAUAUGACGGUAUCGCGUUAUCGCCAUGGAGCCAGUACGGGAGAUUCGAAGGGCUGGCUAGCAAAGCAAAGAAGCGCUGUUGCUGGUCAGUAG